AAUUGCGCCACUGGAUUUACAUCUGAUUCUCAAAAUCCUAAAACAUUACUGGAAGAUAUGAUUCCAAUAUUGGAUAACCCUGUCAUUAGUACCAAAGUGAGAAUGCUCAUGCUUUACAUAAUGUAUAAGCGCGGUAUUACAGAGGAAAAUCUAGCUAAGCUGUUGAAUCAUGCUAGGCUUUCAAAAUCAGAGAAUGAAUCUAUCAAUAAUUUAGUAUUUUUCGGCGAGAAGUUAAUAAGGGCAAAAAGCAAAAUGACCACUCCAAAAAAGAAAAAAUAUAGACAACCACAAGGAGAUGAUAUUCAUUAUGAAUUUUCUCGAUAUAUCCCUAAGUUAAAGCAUGUCUUGGAG